CUGCAGUUGGACCGGAGCCUUCUCAGCGUAGGGAGCAGCCCGCCGCGAGCUAUGCCAGCCCAUGCCAGAUAUCACCACAGAGCACAUCGACCUUGCACCCUCAAUUCCCCUAUUAACCCGCAUGAACGACUGUUUGCAGGGAGACCAAACACGAGCUUCGUUUCUUAUAUCCCUUCCUAUGCGGCCAACUCUACGAGCGAUGGCCUUUUCCAGGGGAUGCCGGGGCAAGACAACAGAGAGCCACAUCGGUGCAAGAUUUCCUCCUACUGACGGGCCUUAUGGCGCUGCUACAGUCACAACUGGAGCAGCAGAGCCACGCGUACUACAGAAAGGUCUGAUGGCCAUUAGGGACCCGUCCGGCCUUGUGCGGCCGAUGUCGCUCCUCUCUUCCACCGUCUGAAGAUUACUUGAGCAUGUUAUGUUGUCUCUUCUUCGCGCAGCUGAGAAUACUUCCCCCAUCGGCGAUCAAUCCACUAACAUACGCGAAAUGUUGAUUCAUUGGCCAACACCGCUGGCAGCCUGAUGCCUCGAUAUGCCCGACUCCUCGGCGAGCUCGGCUCUAUCGCUGAUUGUCGCUUUUGUGGACGCGUUACAGACGUCUAUAUAAACAGUGACCGUCGUCUUCAGAACAGAGGGAGGAAUUCGUUUGAUCUCGGUCCACCAGCUAGUCUCUUGUCAACAUGUCCUCAUCCACCACCCUCUACCAACGCGCCCAGGAAAUCGAUUCGGUCGCACAAUCCUCCCUCCUCCCCCAACCCAACACUAGUCUCUCGCAAGCGCUUUCCUAUGCUCUUGAAAACUCCGCCGCCAACGGUCUUCCACCCAUAACCAUCUCCCCACUGCAAGGUCAAUUCUUGGCGGUCCAAGCCCAGCUGAUCAACGCAAAGAACAUCCUCGAAAUCGGGACGUUGGGAGGAUACUCGACGCUCUGGUUUUUGAGUGCCGGUGCCCAUGUCACCUCUCUCGAGAUCAACCCUCAUCACCGUGACAUGGCCCUGCAGAACCUCAAGCAUGCGGGCUACGACGAGGGAAAGGAUUUCGAGAUCAUCCUCGCACCCGCGCUAGAGAGCCUUCCGCGUCUUCUUGCAGAACAAAAGGACGGCAAAAGGGGCAAGUUCGACUUGGCCUUCAUCGACGCGGACUGGGCCGAGCAAUACGAGUAUUUCCAACACGCCGUGCAACUUGCACGUCCGAACGGGUGCAUUUACGUCGACAAUGUCGUACGCGGGAUCCUCGAGGGACCAGAUAGUAAAGAGUUUGAGGCCGGUCAGAAGGAGAGUUUGCCGGUCAAGGUAGGGAAAGACGACAGAGUACAGGCCACGCUGGUGAGUGUCGUCAGCAGUCACAAGGGACGUGAAGGCGAGACGUUUGAUGGGUUUCUCUUGGCCGUCGUCAAGGGGUGAGAAAGCAAAGAGACUGGGGUUGUUGUUGGAGGGCCUGUCUCACAGAAUCAGUAGAAAACGCACCUGUCCUAGUCGACAUGCUCCAUAUGCAAACUGCCUUUUCGCGUUGCUCGGAGAGCUCUCUCUCCUCCAAAUCACACC